AUAGACUCUAAUAUCUAUCCAUUAAUGCCAACUCCCUGUCUUGAUUAACCAUAUUUGCUAGUUAAUUACCAACAAGCAAAGCAACCGUAGCUAGCUAUGGCAUCCACCGAUAAGCCUGACAUAGAGGCCAGCAAAUCGGAAGCGUCGCUCCCGCCUCCUCCUCCUCCUCCUCCUAAACGUGUUGAUUAUUUUGCAGUGGAUGUUGCUCUUAGGGUUUUAUUGUUUGCAGCAACCCUAACUGCUGUUGUUGUCAUGUCCACUGCCAAGCAAACGGAGGAUGCUUCUGUGCCUGGACUGCCCUUUAGAGUGCCUGUUGAAGCCAAGUUUAAUCACUCGCCGGCCUUCAUAUAUUUGGUAGCUGCAUUAUCUGUUGCUUGCCUAUACAGUAUCAUCACAACACUCGCAUCCCUUGGGGUAAUCGCUAAGCCAAUUUAUGCAACACAAUUCUUGCUCUACUACACAAUUUGGGAUGUGGUGCUGUUAGGAAUUGUAGCGGCCGCGACGGGCACAGCCGGAGGAGUUGCAUAUAUAGGGUUGAAGGGUAACAGCCAUACUGGUUGGAUAAAGAUUUGCAAUGUUUAUGAUAAAUUCUGCAGGCAUGUUGGAAGUGCUGUAGGCCUCUCAUUGUUUGCUUCCAUUCUGCUGGUUUUGCUCGUCUCGCUUUCUGUCUUUUCCCUUCACAGCCGGAUCCGUACGUGAAUAAUACGGUUGUCUGAUAUGAUAUUGUUUUGUGUUCUUCCCCAAAUUGAUGAGGAAUUGCUGUAAUUGUGUGGAAUGAUUUUAAUUCUAAGUAGUUCAGUGAAUGGGUUGCUUGUAAAUUGUAAUUUCUGUAUAUCUCUGUAGUUUCUGUUGCUGAAAUUUAGUAGUUUUAUUUGUUAUUAUACUUUCGUUUAAUUCUUAUGUACAUUAAUUUGUUUUUGCAGUAUACAAUUCAAACCCAAAAAA